AUGGUACACCUUACGGUGGACGAGGCUGUGGCAGCGCUGUAUCCUGACGACGUUGCCGAUCUCACGAAACUUCUUGAGCUUCCUGAAGAUUUCUCGAGCAGUGAUGCUGAGCUUCCUGAAGAUUUCUCGAGCAGUGAUGCUGAGAUCGAGCAGCGAGCCUCCGCUUCAGGAACGUCUUGCAUACCCCAGCAAGAGCACAGCCCCACUCCCCAACCUCCUGCUCCCCCCUCUCCUUCUACUUCUGCCUCGACAUCAGCAUCAUCUCCUUCUCGCAACGAUCAGCUCUCUCGUCGAAUGUGGACCAGGGAUGAGCACGAGCGCUUCUUACAAGCUCUUGGAGAGUAUGUGGCAAAGCAGCACAAGACAGGAGUCAAAGAUGAAACGGGGAAACUGCGGGCAGGGCUGGGAAGGGGGGCUGCCAAGAAGAUAGCAGCAGCUGUUGGAACUAGGAGCGAGGCGCAGAUUGAUGCGCCCGCCCUGGCGCCCGCCAUGGCGAGUGGUGGCGCUGGCGAUGCUGAACAUGUGCUGUCUGCCGAUGCCGACGAUGAUGACGAUGACGGCAAUGUCAACAAGCAUGAAGACUGCUGCAGCAAGACACCCGAAGCAGCUCCUUCAUGGGUUGCUGCACUGCCAAGCACCUUGAGGCUGGCAGGUGGAAGCGACCGUAUCAUCACAGAACGACCAAGUCUAUCUGAAGAAGAUGCUCGAUCCUCCUCCCUCCUCACCAUGCUGCGCAAGAUGAGCUCCCUUAAGCGCGAGUCCCAGCAGAUGUUCGCGUCGGACGACGAGUGGCUGCAGCGAUGGAUCAGCUCGUGCGAGGAGCUGUGGGAGACUCGUAGCGAGUCUCUCAAGCCCAAGACGUUGAAAGCGAGGUUUAAGGCCAUGAUGAAAGCAGAGGAGAUUCAGUCAAGGGACGAGGAAAUGAUCAGGACCAUGUCUGAUGUGAGCUGGGGGAAGCGACUGCUGCUGAAGCUGGAGGACGAGAUGAGGUCAAGGGCUCAAUGCAGGAGAGAGACAAGGAGAUUUCCAUCCCUGUCGGAAGCGUUGGAGCAUCAGGCGAGGGAAGGAGGAGAAGGAGCUGCUCAGGGAUCGCAUGCAGGAGGUCAAGUGCCACCAGGAGACCAGCCAGUCAUCUGGUAUGAGGCUGAGAAGACCCUGAUCCUCCCCCACGGCCUUAUCCAGGAGGGCAGCGGAGGAGCGCUACUAGUUGUCCCCUCUGCGGAGCUUCAUCUGCGGGGUCAAGGAGGAGAAGCUGGCGGAGGGAGACAAAUAGAGCAGGGAGCGACUGUGAUCAGCCGUCCUCUUGAUUUGUCUGACGGGUCUAGCGGGUCGCUCUUACAUGUUCAGCUGCAGUGGGGGAGCGAUGAUUCUCUCGAUGCGACUUUGAGCGUCGAAGGAGGAGAAUGGCGGGUGAUGAGAUGUAGCAUCAAGAGCUUCGAAGCUAUCGCGCUGGAGGUGAAAGGAGGAAACGUCUCCAUGUGCUCAAGUCAGAUCGGAGGACAGGAAGGCGUGAGCAUGCAAGCCAAUUGUGCUGUCUUCAUGUGCGGCGGGGAGCUGCGAUGCCUGCAGACGGAUGUCUCUUUCGUUGGAGCUCUGACAGUCCAAGAGCUGCAGCAGAGGAAGGAGACGAGCGAGGCGAAGGAGAGCGGGGAUGCUACAGCUAUGGCCGUAUCAAGAGGAGGGCUUGCAAUGUUCGCAGACUGCUCGUUCCAUCACAUCGCUGGAUCGGCGGCUGUGCUCUCGGACAGCGCGUUCCUCUCCCUCCUCUCAUGCAAGGUUCGCAUCCUAGACAAGGAAGCAGCCGUGACGGUUCUACGACGCAAGAACUCAGUGCAUCUCUGCGUACAGCGUAGCAUCCUCACUGUCAGUCGACUGGUGCAGGGCGGCGACUCUGCUCCUCUAGUUGUCAUCGACAAGGAGAACGACUUCAACUGGGUGUCAGACAUAAGUGAGGAGACGGUGAGAUCGAACGUUCACCACAACUUCAACUCCAAGACGUGCCAGUGGUGA